CGCUCAUUGGUCGAGGCGGUCAAGUGGAGGGGGGGGCGGUGGCAGCCCCGCGCUGUGAUUGGUCGCCCGUGCCCUCCACGUGUUCCGCGGAACCGGCUGAUGAAACGCCUCGGAUUGACGUGGGCCUUUUAAGCGCUUAGACCACCAGCCCUUCAAUCAUGGGUGAAUCAAUGGACGUCGACGAGAAGCUGAAACUCAUCAACCGCAACCUGCAGGAGGUGCUGGGCGAGGAGAGGAUGAUGGAGGUGGUGAGGGAGCGGCCGCUGCGGGUCUACUGGGGCACGGCCACCACGGGGAAGCCCCACGUGGCCUACUUUGUGCCCAUGUCCAAGAUCGCAGACUUCCUCAAGGCCGGAUGUGAGGUGACGGUGCUGUUUGCGGACCUGCACGCGUAUCUGGACAACAUGAAGGCCCCGUGGGAGCUGCUUGAGCUGCGCACGCACUACUACGAGAGCGUCAUCAAGGCCAUGCUGCGCGGCAUCGGAGUGCCCCUCGAGAGACUCGCCUUCGUGCGGGGCACGGACUUCCAGCUCAGCCGGGAGUACACACUGGACGUGUACCGCCUCUCCUCCGUGGUGACGGAGCACGAUGCCAAGAAGGCCGGUGCCGAAGUGGUGAAGCAGGUGGAGCACGCACUCCUCAGCGGCCUUCUGUACCCCGGCCUGCAGGCUUUGGAUGAAGAGUACCUCAAGGUGGACGCGCAGUUCGGAGGAGUCGACCAGAGGAAGAUCUUCACGUUCGCCGAAAAGUACCUCCCGGCGCUGGGCUACGCGAAACGAACCCAUCUCAUGAAUCCCAUGGUUCCAGGACUGACCGGGGGCAAGAUGAGCUCCUCCGAAGAGGACUCCAAGAUCGACCUGCUGGACUCCGAGGCGGAAGUCAAGAAGAAGCUGAAGAGGGCGUUCUGCGAGCCGGGCAACGUGGAGAACAACGGCCUCCUCGCCUUCGUCAAGCACGUCAUCUUCCCGCUCCACGGAGAGUUCAUCAUCGCGAGGGACGAAAAGUAUGGCGGGACGAAGACUUACCAGGUCUUCGCGGACCUGGAACAGGACUUCAAGGACGAGCACAUCCACCCAGCAGACCUGAAGCAGUCGGUGGAGAAGUCGCUCAAUGUCCUGCUCGACCCCAUCCGGACCGAGUUUCAGAGUCCGGAACUCCGGAAGCUGAUGAGCGACGCCUACCCCUCAGCCACCAAGCAGAAAGGGAAGGUGGCGGUGGUGGCGGCUGACGAUGAGAUCUCUCCACGGCGCCUCGACAUCCGCGUCGGGAGAAUCAUCUCGGCAGAGAAGCACCCGGAUUCGGAGGAGCUGUUUGUGGAGCGCGUGUCCCUGGGCGAGGGUGAGGAGCGCGUGGUCGUGAGCGGCCUGGCCAGGGCCGUGCCACUUGCUUCGCUGCCCGGACGCCUCGUCGUGCUGCUGUGCAACACGAAGGUGGCGCGCAUGCGCGGCGUUGAGUCCCGUGCCAUGCUGCUCUGCGCAUCGUCGUCACCGGAGGGGGGGACGCCCAAGUUGGAGCUCCUGGAUCCCCCCGAGGGCUCGGCUCCAGGAGACCUUGUCCACGUUGCCGGGUACGAGGCUGUGUCCCCCGACGCGGAGCUCAAGCCCAAGAAGAAAAUCUUCGAGAAAAUCCAGGUCGACUUGCGAACAUCGGAGGGGCGCAUCGCUCAGUGGAAGGGCCACGACCUCGCCACAAAGCUGGGCCCCGUGACCUGCGCGACGCUCGCCAACGCCCUCAUCGGCUGAGAGCGGAGCCGCACACACGGUCUGCGGUUGGGGCGGUGAUGGGGGGGAUACACCGGUGGUUCGCAUAGAAGGGAGGGAGUGGUUGCCCCCAACACAUGGUGGGUUGAUUGGUCAGUUGAAAUAAAUAAACACGUACAUAGUGCAAGUCUACACCACAAAGUAACCUGCUGCUGACUUCAUUGCCACAGAGUGGCAAGUGAUUUUAUCGACCGCGGAGAGAGGAUGAUUGUGGGCCGGGUCGACCUCCACCCGCACAUUCUGUUGGCUCAUGGCUUCUAAGUGGGGUAAAUAAAACUAACUUUAAAAAUGUAUGUUUACUCAUGAACGUUGAAUUAUCCCAAAAAGCAAUAUGUGUACACACGGCCUAUGUCAAAAUUAAAACGUUCCGUCAGGCACAAAGCCAGUCUCGUGCAGUUUCCAACAAUCACAUGGGCUCCAUCGGCCAAUGGGAUGCGUCGUAGCUGAACGGCCAUUUAAUAUUAUUGGAUCUUGUGCCAAUGGCCCAAAAAUGUCUUAUUGACGGUACCACCCAGGGUGGCAAAGGCUAACAGUUAUUCUCAGAGAGGAUUUUGUCCCUAGACCUUAGAUAUGUAUGAUAGCAAGGCCACAGUGGUAGUUGUGAGAGAGAAAAACGUUACCGUUGUGCAAUGUUUUAUAGAGUGUAUGUAUUUAGAAGGGGGGGAAAUUAUCUGAUAUGAAACAUCUAUGGAAUAUUAAGAUGAUUUGCAUCUAUAAAACAGAGUGUAACGUGAAGCUUUCUGUCCAUGGUGGGCAUUUUGUAGUUAUUUCCACCCCAGAUGGUACCGAUCAAAUCUAAAUUUAACCAUGGAUUAUCUUAUGCAUUGGUGAAUUUAACCGGACAGUGAGAUGCCACUUGUUCAUGAACUGAAAUUUAUAUUUCGGAGCAUAAUGAGAAAACGUGCGGUUGUAACGCUGAAGUUAGUGGAAUAAUAUCAAAUAAAUAUGAAUUGCAUACCCUUUUAAAUCGCUAUCUGGAUUUAGUUUGCACUUAACUCCGUGAAGCUGUUUAUAUAUAUAUAAAAAAGUACGUUUUGCAACAUCAUUUGUAACGGAGAGGUGGCCGAUGAAUUGGAGCGCGUAGAUUAAAAACUCACUUCUUUAGAACUG